CAGGGAAAGAAGCCAGCCUUCUUCACUCCUCCUCCAUCUCCUCCUCAGAGAAGGAGCUGUACAGCUGGCAAUUCACACAAACACACAAGCUUUGAAAGCUGCAAUUGGUGGACUACUAUCUCGUGGUUUGUCUUCAUGGAGGUGAUGAAUUAGCCCAGAUUUAGCACUGGUUUUGUCUUGGAGUUGAGUUCAUGACCUCAGCGAAGUUAAAAAAGCAGCUCCUUUCUCUCCACUGGAACCAUUUUAACCUCCUCAUCCCACCACUAUAAGCUCUUGUCAUGGAGAAGUCAAGACCCAGGCACCAGUUAGUACUGAGCCUUCUGAUUUGGGUGUGGACGUCUCGCUGUUUAGCCCAGACGACACCAUCAAAUGCAGCCACACCCACACCAUCCUCAUCCCACCGACCACAAGCCGAACGCCUAAGGUUUAGACUAUCUGGAUACCCUCGAAAACACAAUGAGGGGCGGAUAGAGAUCUACUACAAGGGUGAGUGGGGAACCAUCUGCGAUGAUGAUUUCUCCCUGGCUAAUGCCAACGUGCUCUGCCGCCAGCUGGGCUUUGUGUCAGCCACAGGUUGGACUCACAGCGCCAAAUAUGGCAACGGCCAAGGGAAAAUCUGGCUGGACAAUGUGCUGUGUAAUGGAGGUGAGAAGAGCAUUGAAUUCUGUAAGUCACGUGGUUGGGGCAACAGUGACUGCACUCAUGAAGAAGACGCCGGGGUUAUUUGCAAAGACGAGAGGAUUCCUGGCUUUGUGGACUCAAAUGUUAUUGAUGCGUAUGUGGAUGAGAACAAGCUAGAAGAGGUACGACUCCGGCCUAUAGUCGCUGCAGCAAAAAAGAAGCUGCCCAUUACAGAGGGAGUGGUGGAGGUGAAGUACAAGGAUGGCUGGGUGCAGAUCUGCGACCUGAGAUGGACGAUCAAAAAUACUCGUGUGGUGUGCGGCAUGCUGGGAUUCCCACAUGAGAAGAAAGUCAACAAGAAUUUCUACAAACAACUGAAAAAACAAGCAGCUGAGAAGGUCUCCAGGCCAAAGGUUAAUGUUUCAGCCCGUGGAAGGCAGACAUCCAAAGCUAAAGCUAACGCUAAGCCUAAACAGAGCAGCGCUGGCAAAAGGCUGUACUUGGCACGUCAGACGAACUACUAUCACAUCCACUCUGUGGCGUGCACAGGAACAGAGGUCCACCUAGCAGCUUGUCCCCUGGAGUUCAGCAAGCCAAACUCCACGGCGUCCUGCGCUGGCGGCAUGCCAGCUGUCAUUAGCUGCACACCGGGGCCGCUGUUCACACAAAACAGCAGCUCAAAGAAAAAAAACAAAGUUUCGAGUAACGUAAGGCUGAAAGGAGGAGCCAAGAUUGGUGAGGGCCGGGUGGAGGUGCUGAAAAACAACGAGUGGGGAACGGUGUGUGAUGACCGCUGGGACCUGCAGUCCGCCAGCGUUGUCUGCAGGGAGCUUGGGUUCGGCAGCGCCAAGGAGGCCCUGACCGGAGCCCGUAUGGGACAAGGAAUGGGCCCAAUUUACAUGAACCAGGUGAAGUGUCUCGGCGUUGAGAAGUCCAUCUGGGAUUGUCCUUUUCAAAACAUCACAGCAGAAGACUGUCAUCACUUGGAGGACGCAGCUGUGCGCUGCAACAUCCCCUACCUGGGACUCGAGAACACGAUCCGAGUCACAGGAGGACGAACCCGCUACGAGGGCCGUGUGGAGGUACUGAGCUCAGACUCUAACAGGACUCAGAGCUGGGGUCUGAUCUGUGGAGAGGAAUGGAGCAUGAAGGAGGCUACAGUGGCCUGCAGGCAACUGGGACUUGGCUACGCUAACCAGGGCCUGCAAGAAACGUGGUACUGGGACAGCAGCAAUGUCACGGAGAUGGUGAUGAGUGGCGUGAAGUGCGUGGGAACUGAGAUGUCUCUGAGUCAGUGCCAGCAUCACAAAACUGUCAGCUGUCAGAAAGCCGCAGCAAGGUUUUCAGCCGGGGUCAUCUGCUCCGAGACGGCUUCUGACCUCGUCCUGAACGCCUCGUUGGUCCAGGAGACGGGUUACAUUGAGGAUCGCCCUCUGCACAUGCUCUACUGUGCUGCAGAGGAGGACUGCCUCUCAAAGUCCGCAGCCAAGGCUAACUGGCCCUACGGACACAGGCGCCUGCUUCGCUUCUCCUCGCAGAUCCACAACAUAGGCCGUGCCGACUUCAGGCCGAAGGCUGGCCGUCACUCGUGGGUCUGGCACGCCUGCCACAAUCACUACCACAGCAUGAAUGUUUUCACAAAUUAUGAUCUGCUGAAUGCCAACGGCACCAAAGUGGCCGAGGGUCAUAAAGCCAGUUUCUGUCUGGAGGACACAGACUGUCAUGAAGGUGUUUCUAAACGGUAUGAAUGUGCCAACUUUGGAGAGCAGGGUAUCACUGUGGGCUGCUGGGACUUGUACCGUCAUGACAUUGACUGCCAGUGGAUCGACAUCACAGAUGUCAAACCUGGAAACUACAUUAUGCAGGUUGUGAUCAAUCCAAACUACGAAGUAUCUGAGAGCGACUUCACCAACAACGCUAUGAAAUGUAACUGCAAAUACGACGGGCAUCGUAUCUGGUUCCAUAACUGUCAUAUUGGUGAUGCUCUCAGCGAGGAGGCAGAGAGGAGGUUUGAGAAAUACCCUGGACAACUGAAUAACCAGAUUUCAUAAUGAAGGACAAUUUCAAAAUGCGAGAACCAAAGUGUGGCACUCAUGUGGGCAAAAAACACACUAGCUCAAAACGUGAGACGCGCUCUCGUCUGUAUGUAUUAAGAUGAGUUUCCCAUGAAAAUUUUACUGAUUGUCUUGUUUAGCGUCACAGGAGCCGACAGUGUUUGCUUCUAGUGAAUGGGUUGUAUGCCAGAGAAUAUUUACUUGAAUCUUCAAGUGUGUAUUUUCUAUGGAACAUCUGUGAGCUAAUGCUAAUUCUUAUCCCAAAGUAGGAUUUUUGUCAUGUCAGUCAUACAGUUGGAGUACAACUGCUGUCAAAUGUACCAGCUCUCUGUUAUAAGUUGUAUUUUCAUAAACAACAAACUACUUGCUUUUCUUGGAAAAUAGGUCCAGAACUACCUGAAAUGUUAGCUUUUAGUAAUUUGUGAAGAGAACAAGUAUCGAGUUCAGUUGCGCACAGCCAGAGUGCGAACUAUACAAUGACAAUUGGGGGGUCUUUAUCUAAUACAGGUAUUAGCUUUUAUAUAAUGGCUGAGUGGAUCCUUAUCAUUUGAUUGGUGCUUUGUAAAUCACGUGACAUGGAUUAUUCAUCCCAUUUGUGUUGCGUUCCAUUUAGCAUACAAGUUUGGUUCCAUACGUUUUGUACCAUUGCAUGCUGUGAACCACGCCCACUAGUGGGGGCGGUGUUUAAUUAAACGUGGCAGAGUUUGUUUUGCUGACGGAUGACGAUUUGAAAGAGCUAAUUGAUGGUGCUAAUUCUUCUAACACACACACACGCAAACAACAAGAACAAAAAAAAAAAAAAAAA